GGGGCUGAGGGGUCUCCGGAGGCGGCAGUCCCCGCCAUGAGGAAGACAUUUAGAGGCGGGAUCCCCGAGGACCCUUGGUCCUCGGGCUCCCUCACCAGCUGCGAGAGCGACAGCUUGGGCGGCGGAAGCCCCUUCGCCCCGCCUCGGUACCGCGUCCACCUGGAAGAUCUCGACGAGCUCCACAGAGCUGCCUGGCGGGGCGACGUCCCCGGGGUGGAGCGCGUCCUGGUGCCCGGAGGCCCUGGCGUGGACAAGAGGGACAAGAAGAACAGGACGGCUCUGCAUUUGGCAUGUGUCAGUGGACAUCCAGCAGUGGUAGCUCUCCUGGUGGACAGAAAAUGUCAACUUAAUUGCUUUGACAGCUAUAAGAGGACAGCUCUGAUAAAGGCUGUACAAUGCCGACAAGAGGAAUGUGCAACUAUUUUGCUGAAACAGGGUGCUGAUCCAGACCUUCCAGAUAUCUACGGCAACACCGCUCUACACUAUGCUGUGCAUAAUGAGGAUCAAUCACUGGCAGAAAAACUGCUUUUAUAUAGUACAAAUAUGGAGGCAGAAAAUGAGAAUGGCCUCACACCACUUCUAUUUGCCAUAAGCGGAAAAAGACAGCAAAUGGUAGAAUUUUUCCUGGAGAGAGCAGCAAAUUUACUUGCAGUUAAUAAGUGUCAAAGAACAGCCCUCAUUCUCGCCGUACAGUGUGGAUCAGCAAACAUAGUUAGCCGCCUUCUGCAGCAAAAUAUUGACAUCUCUUCUCAAGAUAUGUUUGGGAGGACUGCGGAAGAUUAUGCAAUUUUUAAUCAGUUUACUGGCAUUCAGCAACUAAUUUCUGAAUAUAAGGAAAAACAGACACCCAAAAGUCUUCCUCAAAAUAACAAUCCAGAACAAGAAAAGAUGAACAUUGGAGUUGUACUUCUGUCAGGGAAUAAUACUGUCCAUGACAUGUGCCAGUCACAGCUGCCAGAAAACAAAGAGAGCAAAGAAGAUUGGCAUCCUACUAAUAUGACCGAUAGUGAUAAGACUUGUGAGAGAUCCAAGAAUCUGAAAGUUGAUAAAUGUCUACCUGUAUCACCAUCAAUGUCUAAAAAACAGUCAGACACCAAAGAAUUGGGACAGACGAACUUAAUAGAACAAGAAAAGAUGAACAUUGGAGCUGUAUUUCUCUCAGGGAAUAAUACUUUCCAUGACGUGUGCCAAUCACAGCUGCCAGAAAACAAAGAGAGCAAAGAAGAAGAACAAGACUUGGAGCUGCCAUCAGAGGAAGAGGAAGAAAGACUUAAAGGACGUGAAAAUAAGCAGCCACAGAAAAUGUCCCAAGAACCAGAAAUGGCUAAGGAUUGUGAUAGAGUGGAUAUACCUGUGUUUUCAUUACUUCCUCAUGUGCAAAAUUCUGAGCAAAUGUGGAUCGAGCAAGGCAAAUUAGAAUGGAAAAACAAAUUCAAACUCAUUACAAAUGAGUUAAAGCAGAGGCUUGGAGAAACCUUUGAAAAAUACAAAAUUCCGACUUGUCCUGAGGAAGAGCAUCUACUUGAUAACUCUACAAGAGGAACAAAUGUAAAGGACAUUCCCUCUAAUUGGACAAAUAAUAUACCUGGUUGUGAGGAAGAAGGUGCAUCUGAAGUACCUGUUUCUGUGGUAUUCAAGACACUUCCUGAACAAAAGGAACCCAGUCUCAAAAAUGUCUUUCCAUCUCAUGCAUACUCUGGGUCCCUGGAACAUGCUUGCCAGUCAUCAUCUAAGUUUCAUUUACAUAAAAAUCAAUCAGACAGCGACAGUGAUAACAAACCAGGCAUUGAGCAUAUUUGUAGCACAGAUGAGAACUUUUGUAAUGAUGCACACACUAAGAAAGCAAGGAACCCAGAAGUAGUUACAGUUGAAAUGAAAGAAGACCAAGAGUCUGAUUUGCAAAUGACAAAAAAUAUGAACCAAAAUAGUGACAGUUGCAGUACAAAUAACUAUAAAAGCCUGAAACCUGAAUUAGAAAAUCUGAGUUUUUUAUUAUCAGAUUGUGACAGUACAUCAGAAGUAGAUCUACAUGAAGAAUUACAGCAAGACAUGCAAAGGUUUAAGAAUGAGGUAGAUAAGACAGAAGAGCUCCUGGCUUUGAAGAAAGAAAACAUUCCACUUCAGAAAGAGGUUGAAGAAGAAAUGAAGCAGCACACAAGUAAUAACACAGAAUUAUUGGGAAGCCUACCUGAUGGUACUGCUGCUGGCAGUGAUGAUGAUGGACUUAAUCAGCAGUUUCCUAGGAAGGAGAAUGAAGUGCAUGACAGGCCUGAAAAUAAAACACCUACUGAAAAUAACAAGGUCAAAAACCAAAUACAUUCUGGAGCUGACUUUGCUGACUCAAUGCAAUCGUCUGAAACAGCCUCAGAAUGCGAGUUGUCUCACUCUACUUAUGAGAAUUUUUUGUUGCUGAUUGAACAACUUAAAAUGGAGUGUAAAGAUUCUGUUAGCCGAUCAAGAAUCAAGGAUGCAUUUCAUUUAUAUGAACACUUACUGGAACUUAAGAAUAAUGACUGUGAACGACUUAGAGCAGAAAUUAAACAAAUGGGAAAUACGGUUAGUGUACUACAAAAGGAGCUAUCUGAAACAAAAGAGACAAAAUUACAGCUAGAGCAUCAGAAAAUCGAAUGGGAACAAGAGCUGGGCAGUUUGAGACUUGCCUUAAGACAAGAAAAAUAUAAGAAAGAAAAUGCUGAUGUGGUGUGUAAUAAAGUCAGUGAACAGUUAAGAAUAAAAGAAGAGGAAUGUAGGAAAAAGGCUGAAAUGACGCAGCAACUUAAAUGGACUCUGAGAAAACUCAUUAAGGAAUUGAGGAUGGUCGAGCAGCAACGAAACGAUGCCCAGCAGCAACUUUCCGAAGAACAGAAUGCCAGAAUAUUACAAGAUCAGAUUCUGACCAGUGAACAAAAGGAGCCAGAAAUGGCUCAAAAGAAAAUGGAUUCUGAGGUAUUUUCUUUGGCCAUUUUCAAAUAUGUUUUAGUAUGUGAAUAUAUUUUUUAAAAACAACUCUAUGCAACUUGGAAUUCUAAUGGAUUUUUGAAACACACACACACACACACACACACACACACACACACA